CAGAGCAGAAAGAGAGCUGUGACCACCCAUUCCGCCUUCACGACUGACAGUGCGCUCAGCUCCGACGCAGGAGUGAGAGACAGUGACAAGAGACCGGCACAGAAUCCAGCAAUGCUGUUUAUGUGGGUCAGCUGACACAGACAAGCAGGCCCAUGUCGGUAAGGUCAGGAAGUCGACACAAUCUGGCUCAGCAGUGGAUAAAAAUACAGAUAUAUCACGGUCACGUCGAAUCAAAGCGAUAUUGACAUACCAAAACUAGUGUGGAGGCCAUGUGAAGCUCGGAAUGCGGUAAAGAGCAGCCAUUGGACUGUGUGGAGCUUUGCUGAACAGGCUCCUCAGUCACCAGCAUCAAUGGACAACAGUGUGCUCGCCAUGAACUAACCUUGCUAUUUGUGAAGGGUACAAUUUGUUUGUUUUUCACUUUGAUAAAAAGACGGCACCAUGGUUCUGCCACCACCAGACAAGCGGCAUGUGUGUUUAACCACCAUUGUGAUCAUGACCAGCAUGGCCUUCAUGGAUGCCUACCUUGUGGAGCAGAACCAGGGCCCACGCAAAAUUGGGGUCUGCAUCAUUGUCUUGGUUGGAGAUAUUUGCUUUCUUAUAGUCCUGCGAUACGUGGCGGUAUGGGUUGGUGCCGAGGUAAGGACUGCGAAGCGUGGCUACGCCAUGAUCCUCUGGUUCCUCUACAUAUUUGUUCUGGAGAUCAAGCUGUACUUUGUCUUCCAGAACUACAAAGCUGACCGUAAAAGUCUGGAGACAGUAGCUCGGAAGGCAUUGACUUUGUUGCUAUCGGUUUGCGUACCUGGACUCUACCUCGUCCUGGUCGCGCUCGACAGUAUGGAGUAUGUAAGAACCUUCCGGAAGAAGGAGGACAUGCGGGGUCGACUCUUUUGGGUGGCACUUGACCUUCUGGAUGUCCUGGACAUCCAGGCUAACCUUUGGGAGCCUCAAAGGACAGGUCUGCCCAUCUGGGCCGAGGGUCUGAUGUUCUUCUACUGCUACAUCCUGUUGCUCAUCCUUCCUUGCGUUUCUCUGAGCGAGAUCAGCGUGCAGGGCGAGCAUGUGUCACCUCAGAAGAUGAUGCUCUACCCGAUCCUCAGCUUGGUGACCAUCAAUAUUGUCACCAUCCUCAUCAGAGGCGUCAACAUGGUGCUGUUCCAAGACAGCAGAGUCUCGACCAUCUUCAUAGGGAAGAACGUUGUUGCCAUUGCCACUAAGGCCUGCACCUUCCUGGAGUACAGGCGACAAGUAAAGGAGUUCCCCCCACAAGAUCCAGCCGGGAUUGCCAUGGAGAUACAGCAGAACUCUGUGCCACACAAUCAAACUCUACCAAACGCCACGACCACCCUCCCAGAAGAGCCCUCACCGGCCCGUGAGGUCAUUGACACGUGACCAGAGCUGACAAAAACUUGAAAAGCCUUUAGUGUUAUGGGGGAAAGAAGACAACCUUCAUGAGUUCAGACCGGCACAUGAUGAAGUAUCCUUCUGGUCUCUUUAGAAUACUAUUUUGAAGAAUUUUUAAUGUCCUACUCAUCUAAGCUGAGUGUUCAAAGACCAUUGAUGCUCAGAUGCACAAAUGGUGGCUUCACGAAAUCCUGAUUUUAACCAGAUUUUGUAAUUUCAAGCAACUGUUUUGUGAUGUUAGAUAUGAGAUGUUUGUUUCAUGAGAUUUCUGUUAUGGUGGCUCUCAUUGCGCUCCACAUGGUAUCCACACAGAUUUCUGUAGAAUCUGAAUGCUCAUCAUUUUCAGAGUUUAAAGUUGCCUUGCCCCUUGUGUGUUCAUUUAUGAAAUAUUUUGGUUAGAUUUAAUAUGCUUUCAGAUAUAAAUGAGUGUCCAGUACUCUCAGAUUACCGUGUACAAAUGCUUUUCGUACUUUUUGAAUUUUUAAAAUAUGUUCCCUCUUAAAAUAAGUGCAUAAAAUCCCAUGUAGGCUUGCUGAUGAUGAGCGAAAAUUGAGAAAGAAGCAUACCAAGGUCAGUCCACUCCUACCAUAAUCUGUAAACAGUUCUGAAGUAAAAAGUGAACUGCAAAUUAUGUUUUGAAGAUUUAUGUAGUUUGAAGAUGAAAAUGAUUUUUUUUGUGUGUUAAGAAGUGAGCAUGUUUUAAAGUGAAACAACUCUCACGGGGUUCUUUUCCUGGGGAUUACAAUGGGAACUAGAAACUUUUAAUUUGCCAAAUUUAAUUUCCAGUCUUUAAGAGUUUUGUACAUGUGUAUAACGAGAACAGAAGACAGAAUGAAACAAAGUUCAUUAAAAAACAGAUGAUAUUGGAUGGUAAUACAUGAAUUAAUAUAUAAUCCAGUUGUAUUAUAAUUAUAAUUACAAUUAUUUUUAGUAUCUUGUUUCUUUUCUUUUAGGUGUGACAUUUUAAAUGUUGCAAAAUGUAA